AUGUCGAUCAAGCGGGCCUUGUCCAAGGCCAUUCGAGGCUCUAAAAGUACCCCGAAUACAUCAGAUGAAGAGUUAGGAAGUUCCCACGGUUCCCAUGGCCUUCCUAUCCUUAAAUUGGGACUUGGAAAGACUCCUACUUCUCACUCGCGAAAUGGUUCGCGUGAUUCACACUCCCCUCGUCGCGGCAUUCUAGGAAACUUCCUCCGUGAUAAGGAGUACAUCUCCUCGUCCGAUGACUUCUCCGAUGACUCCUCAGCUGGAGGGCUUAGCAAGAACCAGCAAAAACGAUUGAUUCGUCAGCAGCGCCGCAGUCAGAAGAGUCGCUUGAGUGAGGAGCAAUUCUCGGAAUCUGACCAUAAGCGCCGGGAGGAGGACCUUGCCAAAGCUGCUGCAGAUGAGACCGCCGACAUGAAGGCUCGGUAUGGCGAACUGCCUCUGAUGCAGUCUCAAGAGCGCCCGCACAAGGAACGUACAAGACUGGAUGAUAUCACGGCGACAAUGGAGAACCAAGAGAUCUACUUUACUGCGCGAUUGCACGUUGUGCGUCGCCUGAGUGCCAAGCUGGUCUUCCUGGUCUUCCGCCAGCAGAUGUCGACUUUCCAGGGUGUUCUGCAUGAAGAAUCCGGUGUCAAGUCCAUUGCUAUGGUACAUUGGGCGGAGCACCUCCGUGUCGGGUCCUUUGUCCGUGUGCGUGGUACUGUCAAGAAGCCUGAAGUUCCCGUUCUGGGCUGCAGCAUUCAUGAUGUCGAGUUGUCGAUCGAUUCCGUGCACCUCCUCGUCAAGCGUGAGGAACCUGUUCCAUUCAGUGUCUAUGAAGCCGAGAUCCAAACAACCGAGGAGGAGAAGGUGGAGGGUCGUCGCAGUCACAUCCCAGACCGCACCCGUCUGACCAACCGUGUGCUCGAUUUGCGUACUCCUACUUCGCAAUCCAUUUUCCGUCUCCAAUCAGCCACCUGUAACCUCUUCCGCAGCGCCUUGGAUGAGCGUGGAUUCAUUGAAAUUCAUACACCCAAGCUCCAGGGAGCCGCUACCGAGUCUGGUGCCAGUGUUUUCCAGGUCAACUACUUUGGUCGUCCUGCAUUCCUGGCCCAGUCUCCUCAGCUGGCAAAGCAGAUGGCCAUUGCAGCUGAUUUUGGUCGCGUUUAUGAGAUCGGUGCUGUGUUCCGUGCAGAGAACUCCAACACUCACCGUCACUUGACAGAAUAUACUGGUCUGGAUCUGGAGAUGCAGAUUGAGGAGCACUACCACGAGAUGCUGGAGACUUUGGAUGCCACCAUCAAGAACAUUCUCAGUGGAAUCUACACCAAGCAUCGUCGGGAGAUCGAAAUCGUCAAGCACCAACUCCCCUCAGAUGAUGUCAAGUGGUUGGACGAGACUCCUGUUAUCCGUUUCUCGGACGGCAUUCAAAUGCUGAACGAUUCAGGCUGGCGUGACGAUAAGGGCAACCCUCUUCCCCUAGAUGAGGAUUUGGCGACUCGUGAUGAGAUCCGUCUGGGUGAGCUUGUUAAAGAAAAGUACAACACCGACUACUACGUUCUAGACAAGUUCCCCCGUGGUGCACGUCCCUUCUAUACCAUGCCAAACCCCGAGGACGAUAGAUUCACCAACUCUUUCGAUAUGUUCAUCCGUGGUCAAGAGAUCGUUUCCGGUGGCCAGCGUAUUCACGAUGCCCACAUGCUCGAGGAGAACAUGCGCAGUGUUGGAAUCAACCCCGAUGAUAUGGAGGAGUAUCUCGAGGCUUUCCGUUGGGGCGCCCCUCCUCAUGCUGGUGCUGGUGUUGGUCUCGAGCGCCUGCUGAUGCUGGUCUUGAAGACUGGUAACAUUCGUCUGACUUCGCUCUUCCACCGCGACCCGAAGAGCUUGCCGGCCAAGCCUCCUGUCAAGCAGCUCCGCCACCCCGAAGCAUCCACUAUUGAGACAGCCUGGAUCAAGGAUUCUCCCCCUCGCCGUGUAGCUGCGAAUGAGGAAGAGUUGCAACCCCUGGCCAAAUUGAUUGCCAACUACGGUGAUGCCACUUCGACCUCCUGGUUCGAUGACCGGUAUAAGAUUUGGCGCGAUAUGGCCACUGGUGCUGCUGUCGCAUAUGUUCCCAGCACCAGCAAUUUCGCGAUUAUUCCUGGCAAUCCCUUGUGUGAUCCCAGUCAGUACAACCGUACCAUCACAAUGUUCCUUCAGUGGCUCCGUCGUGACACUCACCUCAAGCCCGUAUGGCUUCUAUGCUCUCCUGAGGUCGAGGAGAUUCUCGGUGAAAAGAUGGGAUGGCGCAGUUUGACCUGUAUUUCCGAGGAGAGCGUUGACCCUGCUCGCAACCUUUCUGCCAUUGACGGAGAGAUUUCUCGCAAGAUCCGCCGUGCGGAGACCGAGCAGAUCACUGUGGAGUCCCUACCCCAUGGUGAAUUACCCUCUGAGGAAAUUCGGGCCAAGAUUGAUAAGCGUAUCGCCGAGUGGCUGGCGAACCGCAGUGGUACGCAGGUCCAUCUCUCCGAGAUUCGGCCCUGGAUCGAUUCGGAGCACCGCUGGUACUUCUACGCUGUCGACAAGAGUGGACAGAUCUGCGCGUUUGUCGCCCUGGCCAUGCUGGCACCUGACCACGGCAUGCAAUUGAAGUACAGCUUGGAUUUCCCUGGCUCCCCCAAUGGUGCCAUCGAGUACAUAAUCACCCAGGCUAUUCAAACAGCUGCUCACAACGGUGUCAAGGCGUUAACCUUCGGUGCUGGUGCCACCAACAAAAUGACUGCUGGUCACAAUCUGCAAGGUACCAAGAUCAGAAUGAUGGAGCACACUUACGACGCACUUGCCAAACAGUUCCACCUUGUGCGGAAGAGCGAGUUCCGUGCCAAGCUCGGUGCCACUGAGGCUCCUCUCUGGAUUGCCUACCCAGCCCACGGCCUCGGCUCCAAGGGUAUUCGUGCCAUCUUGAAUUUCUUCGAAGAUUAA